AUGCGGGUUCUGGAAACGUCGACGAGAAAGGGUGUCAUCGAGGUCACCAUUCAAGUGCUGAAAGGGGUGAUCCAUGAUGAGGGAGAGGCUUUAAAGGUGCAGACAAAAGAUGCUUGCGACUUCUUCCCGCUUGUGGCUUUGGCCACCUCCAGCGCAGUACCGAAAGCAAUGACGGCGCAAGCUGUGGUAAUUCUGUGCUUCUUCGAUGAGAGUGUCAAGCGUUCAAGGGGACCCAGCAUGGAAGCAAUCCUGCUCGACUCUCUAUAUCGCCAGCAGCACGGAAGCUUGGAGCCUUUGGCGGAGAGGCGCUCGAAGAUAUUGAAGAGGAAAAAGCAGCUUGAAGAGAUAUUCCAAGCACAGGGGUCGAGCACAAACACGCAGACGUUCGUCGGGCUUGGAAGCGAUCCCAUCAAAGACGCAAGUUCUGAAAGAGGGGACAAUUCGUUUGAGAUGGAACCGGAGCACCCGAGCUUGUCGCUCACAAUCGAGCAUCUAGGCUCCUUCAAAAAACGCAGAGAUGGAGAAAGAAAAGCUCGGAAAAGAGGAGCCAAGGGUGCGGCCAUUCAGGCCAUCAAAUCUCAAUCCCAGCGCGAUUUCAAAGCUGUCAAAAAAGAAUUUGAGGAACGCGUGACGGAAAAGGAGACCGUCAGCUUAGAUCUCCUGAAGCCACAGUCUAGCAAAUGGUUGGAAGACAUCCACAAGGAACUUUCAUCUGACGAUGCUGAGACGCGCUUGAUUGCCCUCUGGAGGUUCAAGGCUGUACACAAUCGCGUGGCAGUGUUCAGAGGACCUGCAGCAUGCGCAGAGUUCACAACCUUCGCCCUUCAAAAAAGGCUGGUUCUUGCGGAGAUUGUGAGACUCCUGAGGGCUGCGCAGGUGCAUGGUGACUUGUAUUUCUUCCCUCUUCCUCGAGAUUCACUCGAGAUUGACGACUUCUUUUCCAAGACACAGCUGUGCUUCGGUCUGCUCAACACACUGAUGAUGGAUUCCCGCGCCGUCCGCCAUGUUCGGAAAGCAAUACCGGACUUGAUUGACCUUCAAGAAGCUUCAUACUGUGCGGAAGCCCUUUGUGACUCCGGUUUUGGAGAGGUCUUGGAUGCUCAUCAGCAGUCACAGAACAAGAAGGCAGUCCUCUCCAGCAUGGUAGCACUUGCUACUUUUUCAGAGCAGGCAAAGGCGGAGCUAGGAAAGAGGACAGCCUUCCUCCGGCAGGUGCUGGUAGAAUGCACAGAAGCAGAUGGAUCAGAAGACAUGACAUUAGAUUGCGCGAUGCUUCUCGUCCUACAUCUGAGAGGUGCGUGUCCAUUUUCGGAGCUCGCACAGGAAAUCGUGCGGCUAGCCAUGCGAGUCCUGGGAACGUCGAUGAAGAGAGAGGUCAUUCAAGUGACUAUGGCAGUGCUGAAAAAAAUGCUCAGAAUCGAAAGGGAGGCUUUGAAGGUUCAGAUAAGCGACGCUUGCGACUUCUUCCCGCUCUUGGCUCUGGCCAUCUCUAGCGCAGUUCCGAAGGAAUUGACGGCACCAGCUGUGGAGAUCUUGUGCUUCGUAGAAGAGAGUCUCGAGCAGCCAAUUGAAUCCAGCAUCGAAACGAUCCUGCUUAACCUUGUAUCUCGCCAGCAGCACGUGAGCUCAAGGUCUCUGGACGACGAGAGUCUCAAGCUCUUGGAGCGAAAAGAGCAGUUUGAAAAGAUGUUCAAAGUACAGGGUUCGGGGCCAAUUGCACAGCCGCCCAUCGGGCUCGGCAGCGAGGCCAUUGAAUACGCAAACUGUCAGAAGAGGGCUUGGAAAGAAGGACACCGGGAGGAAUGCACAAAGAGCGGUUUGAAGGGGAAGAAAAGGAACAUUAAAUGA